UCCUUCACGCCCUCCUUCUUUCCCUCACUCGCAGCCAAGCGGAGCCGGCGGACGCGGCUGGGCCCCUAACCCUCCCCGGGCUAUGGCCGGCAAUGUGAAAAAGAGCUCUGGGGCCGGGGGCGGCGGCGGCUCCGGGGGUUCGGGCUCGGGAGGCCUGAUCGGGCUCAUGAAGGACGCCUUCCAGCCGCACCACCACCACCACCACCACCUCAGCCCCCACCCUCCGGGGACCGUGGACAAGAAGAUGGUGGAGAAGUGCUGGAAGCUCAUGGACAAGGUGGUGCGGUUGUGUCAGAACCCAAAGCUGGCGCUAAAGAAUAGCCCACCUUAUAUCUUAGACCUGCUGCCAGACACCUACCAGCAUCUCCGCACUAUCUUGUCAAGAUAUGAGGGGAAGAUGGAGACCCUUGGAGAAAAUGAGUAUUUUAGGGUGUUCAUGGAGAAUUUGAUGAAGAAAACUAAGCAGACCAUAAGCCUCUUCAAGGAGGGGAAAGAAAGAAUGUAUGAGGAGAAUUCUCAGCCUAGGCGAAACCUAACCAAACUGUCCCUGAUCUUCAGCCACAUGCUGGCAGAACUAAAAGGAAUCUUUCCAAGUGGACUCUUUCAAGGAGACACAUUUCGGAUUACUAAAGCAGAUGCUGCAGAAUUUUGGAGGAAAGCUUUUGGGGAAAAGACAAUAGUACCUUGGAAGAGCUUCAGACAGGCCCUUCAUGAAGUACAUCCCAUCAGUUCUGGGCUGGAGGCCAUGGCUCUGAAAUCCACUAUUGAUCUGACCUGCAAUGAUUAUAUUUCAGUGUUUGAAUUCGACAUCUUUACACGACUCUUUCAGCCCUGGUCUUCUUUGCUCAGGAACUGGAACAGUCUUGCUGUAACUCAUCCUGGUUACAUGGCUUUUCUGACAUAUGAUGAAGUGAAAGCUCGACUCCAGAAAUUCAUUCACAAACCUGGCAGUUACAUUUUCCGGCUGAGCUGUACUCGUCUGGGUCAGUGGGCUAUUGGGUAUGUCACUGCUGAUGGGAACAUUCUCCAGACAAUCCCUCACAAUAAACCUCUCUUCCAAGCGCUGAUUGAUGGCUUCAGGGAAGGCUUCUAUUUGUUUCCUGAUGGACGGAAUCAGAAUCCAGACCUGACAGGCUUAUGUGAACCAACUCCCCAAGACCACAUCAAAGUGACCCAGGAACAAUAUGAAUUAUACUGUGAGAUGGGCUCCACAUUCCAACUGUGUAAAAUAUGUGCUGAAAAUGAUAAAGAUGUAAAGAUUGAGCCCUGUGGACACCUCAUGUGCACAUCCUGUCUAACAUCCUGGCAGGAAUCGGAAGGCCAGGGCUGUCCCUUCUGCCGAUGUGAAAUUAAAGGUACUGAGCCCAUUGUGGUUGAUCCCUUUGAUCCUAGAGGAAGUGGCAGCCUGCUGAGGCAAGGAGCAGAGGGAGCUCCCUCCCCAAAUUAUGAUGAUGAUGACGAUGAACGAGCUGAUGAUUCUCUCUUCAUGAUGAAGGAAUUGGCUGGUGCCAAGGUGGAACGACCUCCUUCUCCAUUCUCCAUGGCCCCACAAGCUUCCCUUCCCCCAGUGCCACCACGGCUUGACCUUCUACAACAGCGAAUAUCUAUUCCUUCAGGUGCUUCUGGUCUUGGAACUGCUUCUAAGGCUCCUUCUGGCUCCCUUCAUAAGGACAAACCAUUACCAAUACCUCCCACUCUUCGAGAUCUUCCACCACCACCCCCUCCAGACCGGCCAUAUUCUGGUGGAGCAGAAACCCGGCCUCAGAGACGCCCCUUGCCUUGUACACCAGGCGACUGUCCGUCCAGAGACAAACUGCCCCCUGUCCCCUCUGGCCGCGCUGGAGAAGCAUCAUGGCUGCCUCGGCCAAUCCCCAAAGUACCAGUAGUUGCCCCAAACCCUAGUGACCCCUGGACGGGGAGAGAAUUAACCAACCGGCACUCACUUCCAUUUUCCUUGCCCUCACAAAUGGAACCCAGAACCGACGUGCCUAGGCUCGGAAGCACAUUCAAUCUGGACACCUCUGUGAAUAUGAAUAGCAGUCCAUUAGCAGGUCCAGAGUGUGAGCAUCCCAAAAUCAAACCUUCUGCAUCUGCCAAUGCCAUUUAUUCUCUGGCUGCCAGACCUCUUCCUGUGCCAAAGCCACCACCUGGGGAGCAGUGUGAAAGUGAGGAGGACACAGAGUAUAUGACUCCUUCCUCUAGGCCUGUGGGACUUCAAAAGCCAGAAGUGAAGUGGCCUCUGGAGACAACCCAGAGUUCACGAGCCUGUGAUUGUAACCAGCAGAUCGAUAGCUGUACCUACGAAGCAAUGUAUAAUAUUCAGUCCCAGGCGGCACCAUCUGUCACAGAGAGCGGCACCUUUGGUGAAGGGAAUUUGGCUGCAGCCCAUGCCAACACUGGCCCUGAGGAAUCAGAAAAUGAAGACGACGGGUACGAUGUGCCCAAGCCACCUGUGCCCGCGGUGCUGGCCCGCCGCACACUCUCUGACAUCUCCAACGCCAGCUCCUCCUUCGGCUGGCUGUCUCUGGAAGGUGAUCCCACAACAAACUUCACUGAGGGUUCCCAAGUUCCUGAGAGGCCACCCAAACCGUUCCCUCGGAGAAUCAACUCUGAACGAAAAGCAGGUAGCUGUCAGCAAAGCACCGCCGCCACCUCGCCGCAGCUCUCCAGUGAGAUUGAGAGCCUCAUGAGUCAGGGAUACUCCUACCAGGACAUUCAGAAAGCUCUGGUCAUUGCCCACAACAAUAUUGAAAUGGCCAAAAACAUCCUCCGGGAAUUUGUUUCUAUUUCUUCUCCUGCCCACGUAGCCACCUAGCACACCCCCUCUGUGCCGCAGCUUAGAGGACCGAGGAGCCGGGAGCUCUUGCUCGAGUAGCACCUAAAAGGGCAGAGAGGUUCCUUUGGAGACUUCACAAUGAGGUCUUGCCCUGUGUGGGAUAUCACAUCUGUGGUUCCAAGAUUUCAAAGCAGUGGAAUGAGAAUGGAGCAGCUAGGAUGUUGUCUUAUUUUAUUUGUUUUGAGAGUGCGUUUGAAGGUGUCCUUUAGUCCCUCCCCACUUGGAGAGAGUGUGCAUUUUUAUUAAAUGGUAGCCUACCUGGGGAACGGUCCAGAAAGCAGUAGGAGAAGCACUGUGCUGUAAAUCCUAAUUGAGGACUUAAGACUUUCUUAGGUUAAGGAUGUGGUCGUGUGCGUCUUGUCUGUCUGUCUGUCUGUCUGUGGUUGUGUGUGUCCUGUGAUUAUAAGAUUUAUCUGCUGUGUGUGUUAAUCCCAGGCAGGGAAUUAGCACAAGAUGUUUAAGAAGGAAUCUUAAAGACUGCCAUCAACUGUGGUUUUAUACCCAACCCCCGUGUGUAUUACAACUCCAACACUCCCCUUUGGCUUGGAUUAUCGUGUGCAUAGCUGAAGUCUUGUAUUUUUAAAACACCCUCCCUCUGUCCUUUCCUCAGUCUCCUCCUCCCUCCUCCUCCUUGGUGUCUUGUCAUUGGCAGUGGGCUUGCUAUGACCAGCCUUACUGAAGCCGAGCAGCUUAUAGGAUGUUCUUUAUUGUGUGUGAUGGUGUUGAUUUGUUUGGUAGAUAGGUGGGAAAAAAGUACUGUUGCUCUAUCGUUAUGGUCCUGUUUGAUACUCGCAGCGAACACUGGUCACUCCAAAGCACUGUUUCUAUAGGAACAUUGAGUCUGUUUUGAAAAAGGUGUUUCAAUUAUCCUAAUGACAUAGUGACUGCUUUGAGAUAGAGGCCUUCAGAUACAUUCCAUGCCCUCCCCAGAAAAUAGUCUGUGGGAGUCAGUUGCCUUGGUGCCAGGUGUGUGUUCUAAUGUAGGUCACGAGGUUUUCUCCUUAAUGGGAAGGGAAAACAUUUGUUUCCAGCAUGGCUUUCUGGCCCAAAUACCAUGAAGCUCUUAGGAAGCUCCAUUCACAUGCUCUUUACCUUGUUGUACAUAAAAUGCACAAAACAGACAAUAAAGGUUUAUCUCUUCAGUUUUUCUUCCCAGUGAAUUUCAGCUUAUAUGGGUGUCUCCCUUUGAAUAUGAGCCAGGUUGUAUUUUCAGAGAUGAAUUUUUUCUUUGCCCUUUAAGGAAUGGGGGGAAUACCACCCAUGGUAGCACAGCAUUCUGCUGAUAAUUAGCACCAACCCUACCUUGGUGCCACCCUUGCUUUUCUCUUGUGCCUAUGGCUUUGGGAAUGUAGCGUUUCCUUCUUCCUUUCCUUCCCCUUUCUUCUUCACGUUAGGUCCUAUGUACUCUUUAGUGACUGCAUUCCCCACAGUAAUUAGACAUCACUGGGUGUAGUAAACGACUUUACUGCGGACAGACAACAUGUGAAAAGCCCUGCAGCUUGUGCCGUCGCCAGUUUGUAAAGAAGACUCAGAGUCUUGUGUGGGGCACCGUUGGUACGUUCCUGCAGAUACUGCCAAGGCACCACUUGAGUUCAGUUAGUUCUCUGGCCAGGGCCUCUUACUGACUUCCCUAGCAGUGUGUAACCUUCCCCCUUGUCAGAAGCAAGCCUGCCCUUUGAUAAAUCUACCUUCCUCACAAUCUAAAUCAUGGUUUUGUCAUGAGAUCCAAAGAGAAAUGACUCUCCUUACACCUGUUUUCUUUCCCAUCUUGUCGUCUUUGGACCUAAAACUUUAUCUAGCUCUUCUCUUGGCUUUCAGCUACUCCCAGGUCUUUUGAUUUUCUCCUCUUGCCUCAGAGCCAUUUAUGUUCCCAGAGGAGAUAGUUCAGGGCUUUUUGCUGACUUGCUGUGGUUACCCAGUGUCUCCUCUAUGUGGCAGAAAAUAAUACAGCCCCCAACAGGUGCAGGAGGGCCUGAAUCGCGAUGGAGAGGGCAGAGGAGAGCGGCAGAGAGUAGGAAACAGUAACUAACAUCUCCUUCUCAAAGCCAGCAUAGUGUUUCACUUGUGGUAGCAUUCAGUUUUGCACUUUGUUUAGAUGUUGAAGGCCUAGACAGAGAGCUAGAGAAAAUGGCAGCAGUUUGCAUACCUCUCCACACUGGAAUUUUUCCUUGUCUGUAGAUACUACCCAUAGUCUGGAGAUCUAUCAAGAGAACAAAGCACUGGUUCUGUAUAUCUUUUGCCUUUUCAGAAUGCAUCCCAAAUCUUCUUUGAAGAUUAUGUCCUUAACUUACAUAGGCUAAAGGCAGGUUCAUCCUUUCUUUUCAUAACUGAAUACCCCUGAGGCUCAUCAGGUCAGCAGCCCCCAAACUAGGUGCCAGAUCCCUGUGUUGAACGUGGGGAUCUAGGCUGAACUAGGUGUGCACCAUUGCAUGGGUUGAUUCUUAGCUUGUUGGCCACGUAUCUGCAGGUGUUCAGGGUCUUAGACGGUUCUGUGAGGGGUUUUCUCUUUGGAUGCUCUGAGGUCAUGCCUGGGUCCAUGCCUGAGAUUGCCAGGUGAGGCUCAGGAAAGUUUUUGCAUGGCUUUUGUUUUGAGGAUAUUUCUAAAACUUUAAUUUCUUAAAUUUUCCUUUGACUAAGGCACCAAUAACCCAUUCUUUGUCCUCCAUUUGUAUGGCAAUUUUUAAUUCUUUGGCUCUGCUCUGAUUUUAACUAAAAUUGCCCUUUCACAAAUGGGCUUUGAAUUUCGCCAUUUUCGGCAAACACAUCCCCUUUCCCGCUCUUAAUUACAAACGAUUCCUCCUCUGUUACCUGUCAGGUAAGUAAGGUAAAAACCACUUUGAUGUUUUCCUUUUUCUCAAGUGCACUAGGCUGUUCUGUUCAGCCUGGUCUCCUGCUUCCCCAUGUCUCCCUGGGUUGCUUUACACAGCCUGCCUUGUUGCUGGGUGCCUGCUUUGCAGUACUUAAUCAGCUGCACCUGCUGUACUCCUUCCAUUAAAGUCAGGAGUUAUCAAAGUGGAAAAACCCUGUGGGCUCAAUGAUAUACCUCCCUUUGGUAAAUAAUCGAUUAGGCAGUUUGUCGUCUCAGCAUUUAUGUGUUAAUAUUUAUAUGCAUAGUGAUAUAUACCUGUGGAUGGCCAUUCUCUUCCGCUAGCUCUCUCUGUCCCCCAGUGCCACUCUUCAUAUUCUGCCAUUCUUCUGUUCUUUUGCUUCCUAUACAGACUCUCAACACCAGGACCCAGGGUGUGGGAUGGUACUAUUAGUAUCAUUUAGCUGUUUUGUGGAUUAAAAAAAAAAAAUUGGGGGGUUGCUAUUCCUCACAAUUAAAAUAUUUAUUUCCUCUAUAGAUAGGUAAAAUAUAUUUUAUGGUCCAGUCAGCAAUCUUACACAUGAAUUUUUGUAUAUUUGCUUGCAAACUAGGGACCAGCUAUUUGUUCUCUUUAACAAGAUGUAGACCUUUUUGUGUGUGAUCAGCCAUGGUGUUAGUGCAGAAUAUUCUCCUACCUCACAUCUUGAAAGGCGGAGGGAUACAGGCCCUCUUCCCGAACUGUAAGUCCCCCUUCUUGCUGUUGGCCUUUCUGACUCUGCAGUGACCACUGCCCAUGGAAUACCGGUGUUCUGACUAUUGGCUUGGCUCUAACAUUGUGUGUGUUCAUUCAGCGAGUGUUUACGAGUGAUUACCAGGAGCCGGAACUGUCAGCUCUGUGUUCUCCCCUGCCACCAUAUGGUGGUUUACUGAUGUAGAGCACUUGUACUUGGGCUGUCUAGCAUGUGCAUUUGGCCCUAAAAUAGCCGUUCCCAACAAGAUUGUGCAGGUUAUAUUCACAGCUCUUUUAUGUAGACAUUUCCCUAUAGAGCUGUCCUGGUUAAAAAUCAGUUCAAGACACUCCUAUUAACCCCUGUUGUCUUCCUGUAGCUUUGACAAGGUCUGGGAGAUUCCUCCAUGUAAGUCUCAUGGAUACCCACCAUUUUUAUGUGUUUAAGUCGAAUCUGUUUGGUGGUGGGUUGGUAUGUUGGCUCAGAGUUGCACAAUAGGGCAGUUAAAUGUUUAAGUAAAGCAUCUGCCUACAUACCCCUUUCCACUCUAGUGCCUUCCUUGAUCUUUUUACUGAGCUGCCUGUACCUCUGAUCCCCUUUAUAAGGAAGUUUUCUUAUCACCCUUCUGGGACCUCUCACCAUCUCCCAUUCUACGUGGAACUUGUUUCAAUCCUUCAACAACCUUUCAGCUAAUCCUGUGUCUUAGAAGGGCUGAAGGUGUGCGAGAGGGAUGGGCACCUGUUUCUGGGUCCUGAUCUUCAACCAGUUGUUUGGUCUCCCAAGAGCCGGGCAGUAACAUAGGUUGAACUCAGUCAGUUCUCAAAAACGUCAGCCUGUAUCUCUAGGGGCACGGAGCUUAGAGACCGUAGAACUUAGUAUGAAAGUCAACACGUUAUUAUCCUCCUAGACUUUCACGUUAUUAUCCUCCUAGACAACACGUUAUUAUCCUCCUAGACUUUCACGUUAUUAUCCUCCUAGACUUUCAGGCCCUAGAAAUUCUAUCUAAAGUAUUCUCAGUUGGCAUAAAGCAUUACUAUUUCUACUUUGAUCUCAAUCUACAUUAGCAGUCUCUCUUUAGAAAUGCGUGUAGCCAUUUAAUGCAUGGAGAUGGAGGCAUAGUGGAAGAAGGUCAGGGCUGUAUCUUUGACCAUCCUGUUGAGCAGUCCUUUGGAUGCAAGAAACAGAUGGAUUCAAGCAGAAGAAAGGAAGGAAUCAUAAGGAUGCAGGGUAUUUCCCAGAACCCAGGAUAAGCGGUACAGUUGAUUCUGCUUGGAGCUGAGACACUUUGCAGCUAGUCCUUUCUCCUGCUCGUCGGUCUGUUUGUCGGUCUGCAUGGCCCCAACAUAGGCACCCCAUUCCUCACGACCCCCAGCUCACCAUUAAAUGGGAUCACCGUUUUAACAGAUUCCCAGUGCCUCUUGGUUCAUAUUCUCAAGAAAGACUAUGAUCAGCCCAGCACAUUGAUCAGGUAUCGACCCCCGACUUUGCCACACCGGGCAGCAGAGGCAUGCUGCUUCAGAUGGGGAGUAGGGGCGGGGGAGGUUCUCAGGGAGGAGGGGAUAGGUACCCUAAAAUACUUUACUCUAGUAGUAAAACUUACCAUACUGCUUUUUUGAGACUGGAAAGGCAGGCAUGGGACUAUGUCUGGGACUUGGAGGAAAUGCUUAGGUUAAAGUUAAUUUAGGUUACUGUCUUCUUUGUUGCUUUAUUUCCUGUUUUUCUUCCCUUUAUGAGUCUUGGCAUCCAAGAUUUCUUACCUCCCUCUUUAGGACCAGUUUCUCCUGUUCCGGAGCUAGUCUUUUCUUAGGUGACAUUUCUUAGCCUUCAUUCAGUCUCAGGUUUCUAGCCUUCUUUGAUUUCAUUUAGAGAGCAGAUCACAAAUCCACUGUAGCCCCUAGCCGUGGACUUCUGGGCUCUCUUCAGGUUUUAGUGCUGAGAACGUACUCAUUCUAUGGGCCCGUGGCCUGCCUCCCUCCAAGCCCUCCUCCCCACCCUUUUAUCUGGUCUUUCCUCUAUGAGGGGAGCUCUGCAGUAAUAUUCUUAGGCAGGCCUUCCGAGGUACCUCAGAAACUACUUUGCCAGUAAGAAUUUAUAAAGUUGGGACAGUUGCCAGGAUAUAAAUUAGGUAUAGAUUCCAAUUUAGAGAGACUUUUUACUGAGAGCUCUUUAGACAGGAUGCAUUUGUCCUCCCUGUCCAGUUGCUUCCUUUGUCGUCCUAGAGUAAAGCCUUUAUUUUUUGGUUUUUUAAAACUGUGCUUCUGCUUGCCUGAAUCUUUUGAUCUUAUUUAUCUUAUCCGGGAGCCUGUCCUGUGUUACUGAGGCAUUUCAUAAUUACUUAUAACUUUUUUAAACUACUGGAGUCAUUGGAUGUACACAGAAGUAACCUAAUAAUCCAAAGAUAUACACUGAGGCCCGUGAUGAAGGCUGGGGCCUGUGUGUUUGAAAUUCCCUUCUGGGCGCCAGAAUUAAGCGGCAGAGGGAUAGCAGUGCCACUCGCCUUCACAGAGUUCUAGGAAACCUGGGUUGGUUUCAAAGGCGAGCACCAGUUUUUCUUGGUUCCAGAAAGUAGCCCAGGAGUAAGUGGGGGAAAUCGGGGCGCGGAGAGCGAGCCCUGCCUGGAGGCUCGCUCGCAGUUGGCUGGAGAGCAUGGUGCCAGAGGGCCAGCUGUUGACUAACAGACUAACAACUGUUUGGAGAUCUCGCGGCCCCUUCCCUUGUUCAGUGCUUGAGAAGAAUGUGGCUGACCACUCCCUGUGUUCGUAGAGAGCAGGGGCUGAAGGCAAACCUCAGCUCUCCUACUGAUUUGGCAGUGGCACAAAAUCAGAGUUCUGAUUGCCCGGCCCCAUAUUCUUAGUCAGUCCCCAAAAUGAACGUGUGAGGCGCCCUCCCGCAGUUCUCCUCCCACCCCUGGGCCGGUUUGCGGGGCCAGAGGGGUACUGCUCCGUACACGCUCUCUGAGCCUCCUCAGGCCUUGCGCUGCCUCCAUGCUGAAGCCCUGACGCGGGGUGUGCAGUGUGCCCACGCCCGGCACUCUGACAUGGGUGCCGGUGUGCCCUUUGUGUUAGUUCCCUGCGCCCUGUCUACCUCUGACCCUGUCCUGGGCGAGGGUGGCCAUGCUUAUGGCUGUCUGGAAACUGAAGAGGCAGAGAACUGCUUGCAAGUCUGCAGACCACAUGCUUUCCCUUCCUUGGCUUCUUCCUUCUGCUGCUGGGUGAGGGAGCCAUGCCCAUGAGGGUGGAUACCUCCCCUCCUGACCUGCCCUUCUCGGCACCGUUUUAGUGUCUUGGCCUUGACCUCCUGCUGAAACGUGUGGUAGGGGUGUGGCAGCUAUGAGGUACCUCCUACAUCUGCUUUCUGGCUGUGGUGACUUGGGAUUUUUAACCUUACAUAUCUUUUUUUUUUCCUUUAUUCAAAACAAAACAAUUUUUAGCACACUGAAAAAAAAAAAAAAAGCCAAACAUCUUGUGCCUUUCUAAGGCAGCACUGUAUCCCAGGCUGCAUUUUAGGACUUAAUAUGGAAAUACCAGAGUCUUAGCUCCUCUACCUUGAGUGUCAUUAGUCCCUCCGGUCUAGGGGAGAGGAAGUGCUCCGUGCGGCUGGGGAGGUGGCCCCCAGGUGCAGCGUGUCCGCGGUCCCUUCUCCCUGCCACGGUGCUUCGUUGGAAGAAAUGAGCAUUGUAUCCCAGGAUCAUUUGGUUGGUUCCAGUCAGAAUCUUAGUGAUCAGGUUGAAUGUUCUGUGUUCAGCAGGAAGAGACAGAACGUUCCACGAUUUCCAGGCAUACUCUGGACCAUUUCAAGUGACCCAGCCUCCUGAUCCUAUUAAUGACCCAACUUCAUGGAACAGUGUAGGGUGGACCCUCCUGAAAAGGGGAGGCUGUUUGGUUGUUCGUUUUGUCUUGUCUUUUUGCUGGGUCCUGAACUGGCCUUAGACCUCCUGCCUCUCCCUUAGACUUGGCUUUCCUUUCAUUUGAAAACUUCAGACAUAGAGCAUUAAGCAACUAGUGCCCUCUGCAGGGGCGGGUUUUCCCCUGGGAGGGGCAGCAAGGACCACGAACCGGAACAGAAGCCUGUCCUCAGUAUUCGGCCGCUGUAGGUUUCGACCAAAAAAAAAAAGUUUUCUGUAUGAUGACGUUUUACUUAUCUCUUUUCCUUUUCUCACUUCUUCCCUGCCUUUAACUAAUAAAGAAUUGGGAGAUAGAAACAAUUCUUUUCAAAGUCCUCCUUAUUCAGGAUUUUGACAUUCUUGGCCUGGGUGGGGCUGGAGAGAACUUGAUACUUUUCUCCAGAAUGAAGAGUCCCAUUUGUAUAUCAGUGUUAAAAAUAAAACAAAAUGAAAACUUAGAUGAGAUUUUUGUGGACUAUUUUAAAAAUGUGUCAUUAAUAUAAAAAAAUUAUAUUAGCAGUAUUUAAUCAUUCUCACCUGUAAAGAAUAAAACAGAAGGUAAAUAUUCUUACAGAGAAUAGCAGAGCUUUAAGAUUCAUUUUCAUUUUAAGUCCGUUUUGUUUUGCCAGUGUAUUAAUGUUUAGAGGUUCUGUUAUACUAAUGUUAUU